AUGUCACAUGCGAAAUCGAUACAAAAUGAGGAGAGCAGUGGUGGGGAUGAGAACAAAAAUGUAUGGAAUUAUUUUACAAAAUUGGACAAAGAGGACAAAAGCGCGAAAUGUUCAUUAUGCUCAAAUAAGUUAAAAAUAAGUAAAGGUUCUUAUAAAGGCUUAAAAAUACACUUAAAAACAAAACACUGCAUCGAUAUAAGUUCUGAAAAUAACAAAAUAAAACGUCCUAAUUCUGAUUUAUUUCCCAAAGCAUCCACGUCAAAAACUAACUUAGUUAAUAUUAUUUGUGAGGAGGAAAUACCCAAAAAAAAAUCUAAAACAAUUGAGGAAAAUUCCAUGCAGAAGAUGGUUUCAAGAAUGGUCUGUAAAGAUGGUAUGGCCCUUAGUUUAUUUUGCACAUCGUCAGAUUUAAGAUAUUUGUUUUCAAAAAGCGGAUUUCAACUUCCUAAUUCACCAAACACAAUAAGAUCCAUAGUUACAAAUUUUGCAAAUACCGUUAAAGCUGACUUGAUUAGUGAGUUCGAAUAUCUUAAGAAGCACGGAAGAAGAUUUGCUUUAAGUUUUGACGAAUGGACUUCCCAAAAAAAUCAUCGAUACUUGAAUCUGAACGUCCACCACCAAGAAAAACACUUUAAUCUGGGCUUAAUUAGAAUACAUGGCUCAGGUACCGCGGAGCAUACAAUCAGUUUGAUAAAAAAUCGCCUGGAAAGCUUCGGUCUUAAUUCUGAUACUGAUAUUAUUGGCAUGACUACUGACGGUGCAAGCGUCAUGGUCAAAGUAGGUAAACUUAUGAGUUGCUAUCAGCAACUGUGUUUUGCACACGGUUUACAAUUAGCCGUAGUCGACAUAUUAUAUAAAAGGAAUAAAGAAAAGGAAGUAGAACACCAGGAAAUAGCUUCUAAUGAAUCAGAUACAGACGACAAAGACACGAAUGAUAAUGAUACCUAUGAAGAACAAGGAGUAACAAUAACUAUGGAUCCUUGCCAUCAUCAUGAAGUAAUUCCUAGAUACUAUGAUCUUUUUCAAAAAGUACGAAAAGUGGUGAAGUUAUUUAAAAGAUCCCCUACUAAAUACGACAUGUACCUGCAAAAGUAUGUAAAAGAAGAAACUGGCAAAGAAUUAAGCCUUAUUUUAGACUGCCGCACCCGUUGGAACAGUCUUCUGGCAAUGAUAGAAAGAUUUUAUAAGCUGAAAGUAUGUAUUGAUAAAGCUUUAAUUGAUAUAGGAUCUGAAACAAAAUUUACCGAUCUAGAAUGGUCUUCAAUAAAAGACCUGGUUGACAGUUUGCAGCCAUUUAAGUUGGCGGUAGAGGUACUAUGCAGAAGAGAUUCAACCCUCUUAAUUGCUGAGACAACACAGAAGUUUAUUUUAGAAAAGUUGCGUACUCAAGAUACAUUCUUAAGUGCUGAAUUAUCUAAAGCACUGCGUGAGAGGAUAAAAGAACGCCGCACUAUAGUAACAGGAAUAUUAAUAUAUUUACACAAUCCGAAAAAAUAUGAUGAUGAUAUGAGACUAGCUGAUGAUACAUUUACCAUGCCGAAAAAAAAAGUUAUGCGACUAGAAAUGAAAAAAAUCUUAGAAAGAAUUAUUCAACAUACUGACAAUGUUAACGAAAACGUAGAUAUUAUACCAGAAUACAGCUUAAAUUCAUCGCCAGUAAAAAAUGAUCUGACAUUACAAGAAGAAUUACAAAUGCAAAUCCAGCAAGAAGCAAAAACGUAUAGCAUAAAUGCCGAAAAAGAGAAAGAUUUUGAAAAAAUAUUAAAGAAGGAAAUGAUUGCAUAUGAAAGUGAAGGAGAUCGGGGAAAAUACUUGCCGUUUAUUUAUGAGUAUUUAUUGACAAUAAAACCUACAAGUGUAGAAGCUGAAAGGGCCUUCUCGGCUGCUGGCUAUAUUUGUAGCUCUAUAAGAAGUCGAUUAGCAGAUGAUACAAUUAAUACAAUUUGUUUCCUACGAUCAUUUUUCCAAAACCAAAUUUGA